AUGGAGCCUCGAGUGAGGAGCAGAGAUCCACGAGCUUGCUCUUCUCAUAGUGCUCUAGAAAUUGAUUGCCUUGCUAUACUACAUUACUUGGAGAACAGGCAAAAAGUGCACAAGGAUUCAAUAAACUUUUGUCAGAAUAUUUUGCACCAGAAGCCUGUUGAGUGUAAACCUAUAGUACGUAACAAUCUAUCAGAGCCUAUCCACGAUGUGGACCUUGUUGUUACAGUUGGGGGUGAUGGCACUCUAUUACAAUUACAAGGUAGCCAUUUCAUUGAUGACUCGGUUCCAGUUCUAGGAGUGAAUUCUGACCCCACACAAGCUGAAGAGGUGGAGAAGCUCAGGAAUGAGUUUGAUGCCAAUAGAAGCACAGGCUAUCUUUGCUGUGCAACAGUCAACAGCUUUGCACAGGUACUGGCCAACAUCCUCGAGGGUCGAGCUAAUCCUUCCAAAUUGACAAGGAUAUUAAUACGUGUAAACUCAAAAGUGCUUCCAACUUAUGCUCUCAAUGAUAUUUUAAUUUCACAUCCAUGUCCAGCAGCACUUUCACGAUUGUCAUUCAAAAUUAAAAAGGAUGACCAGCCAUGGUCCCUGCUGGUCCAUUCUCGAUCAAGUGGUCUCAGAGUUUCAACUGCUGCUGGAUCAACCACUGCAAUGCUCUCAGCAGGCGGAUUUCCAAUGCCCAUCUUAUCUCAGGAUCUCCAGUAUAUGGUAAUAGAGCCCAUUUCACCAGGAGACACCUCAAGCUUAAUGCACGGAUUAAUCAAAUCUCAUCAGUCCAAAGAGGGUGUCACAUACAUUGACGGUUCUGAUGUACAGAGAGAAUCAGUGAAGAAACAUGAGGAGGAAUGCGUGUUCAUGGGACCUAUGGAGAUUCCUUCACAAUCUCCCCAAACUAUUAAGCUUCAAGAUGUUUUCUUUAAUUUGUAUCAGAUUUUUAAGUCCCGCUUCAACAGAUGGAAAAUUGAAAUCGAAGAAGAAGACAGGCUGAGGUUCAUGCAGAAAGAGAUGCAGGCUGAGGUUCCUGCAGAAAGAGAUGCAGGGUCUUGUUCCUGGGAGCAGUAG